AUGAUCAACGGCUCUGACGUCGCCCUCCGGGGCCAUGAGAACAAGCCCAGCUCCGAUGGUGCCAGUGCAUUGGGGACGCAUGGUCCCGCUGCCAAGCUAAAGGACGCCAACCCUUCUGAAAUCCCACCUGCAUCGGGCCUGGGUGGCCGACAGAAUGCAGUCACCAUCAGUGACAUUCUGGAAAGACGUGCCAAAGCUGGCAGGCUCAUUGCGCCGACCGCUUCAUACUCCGAUAGCGACAUGUUUAAGGGUCCGCAAGUAGGAAAACCUAAAUCCAAGUCUAUGGAGCACCACCUCUCCCCGGAAUCCCUCUCCCGCCACCCCUGCUCCCUCAAACAAGCCGCUCGCCACCUCAAAACCCCCGGCCUCAUUUCUCUCGGCGGCGGCUUGCCUUGCGCCGAGUAUUUCCCCAUCGACUCCAUCACCCUCAAGGUGCCCAACCCCCCUCACUUCUCCGAAGCCGCCACCGCCUCCUCGGGCGCCGAAGUCCGCAUCGGCAAGUACGACGUCACCGACCCAACCAUCCAGGGAACCUACGACCUGUCCAUCGCGCUCAACUAUGCCCAAGCCACCGGUUCCGCUCAACUGUCGCGGUUUGUCACCGAACACACGGAACUGGUGCAUAACCCGCCGUACAGCGACUGGCGGUCCUGCUUGACGGUCGGCAGCACGGGAGCCCUGGAGCAGACGCUGCGCAUGCUUUGCGACGGGCCCGAGCGCAAAGACUGCAUGUUGACGGAGGAGUAUUCCUUCGCGACGGCGCUGGAGACCGCGGGCCCGCUGGGGAUCAAAGUGGUGGGUAUCAAGAUGGACGAGCAAGGACUUUUGCCGGAAGCCAUGGAUGAGCUGUUGACGAACUGGAAGCCCGAGGAGAGGGGAGGGGCGGAGGAAGCCGGUAAUCCCACGGGCGCCACGCAGGGGCUGGAGAGGAGGCGGGCGCUGUACGAGGUGGCGAGGAAACAUGAUGUGUUUGUGAUUGAGGAUGAGCCGUAUUACUAUAUCCAGAUGCCGUUGGAGAUGACGACGGGGUCUGCGAAGGAGGAGGAAACGGUGGAAUCCUUCAUCGCCUCCCUCAUCCCCUCCCUCCUGUCCAUGGACGUCGACGGCCGCGUCCUGCGCAUGGAUUCCUUUUCCAAGGUGGUCGUGCCCGGUUCGCGCGUUGGAUGGGUGACGGCCUCGGAGGACAUCAUCGAGCGGUUCAUCCGGCACGCCGAGGUGUGCAACCAGGGUCCCAGCGGCAUCUCACAGGUUAUUCUGUACAAGCUGCUGGAUGAGCAGUGGGGACACGAGGGCUACUUUAAGUGGUUGAUGAACUUGAGGGGCGAGUAUACCAAGCGCAGGGAUACCAUGGUGGCGGCGGUUGAGAAGUUCUUGCCCAAAGAGGUGGUGAGCUGGAGUGUACCUGUUUCUGGCAUGUUUUACUGGCUCAAGGUAGACCACACCCAGCACCCUGGUAUCCAGGCUGGAAAACCCAUUUUGGAAGUUGAAGAGGAGAUCUUCAACUCUUGCAUAGCAAAGGGCGUUUUGGUCGCUCGAGGAUCUUGGUUCCGUGCUGAACAAGACACGGAGCCAAACGAGCUUUUCUUCCGUGCGACGUUUGCGGCCGCAACGGCUGAAAACAUGACGGAAGCGAUUAGGAGGUUUGGAGAUGCCGUUAGAGAAAGUUUCAAGUUAUGA